UGAAAUCAGGUUCAUGAAGUCUGUUAUCACAGGCCGUGAGGACCAGCACUAUGAAGGGAAUACUAGAUUUAGGGGUGGGAAGACCCCAUUUGCAGUUUGUUUUCGGACAUUUUUUAACAGUGGGGUCUCCUGAAACGAGGGGCCUUUUUUGGAUCUAUUGUUUGGAGCCUUGAGUCAUGGAACUGUGCUGAAGGGCUCCGGCCCUCUAAUGCAGGCCCUUCCUGGACCAAUUUCAAGCCAAAGAGCGCUGAUUAAGUGCCUGCUGUGCGUCGCCUCGUGGGAAGUGCGGCAGGCGGCAUCUUCCUGCCUCUGGGGAGCUCCUAGACUGCUGGGAAAACAAGCGGGACACAAGGAUGUCAAGCGCGCUCCACGGAGAUGGCCUGGAGCUCAUCCAGGGAGGGAAGGCAGUUGGGUCAAGGAAGGCGGCAGGAGGCGUCUUGUGGGGGUGGCCCUUAGCUGGGCUCCAGAGCGGUCUAGGGCCUGGAGACGGAGGUGGUUUGUCCUGGGGAAGGCAGGAAAAGGAGGCCCGAUGACUGGAAUCGAGGGUUACGGAGGCCGGCCGUGUGGGAGGGCUGGGGAGGAGCAAAGAGUUCUGGGAAACUGCCUGGAGUUCUGCCUGGAGGAGGAUGGGCUUCUGGCAGGGAGACCGGAAGGGAUCUUCCUGCCUCCUCGAGGGCUUCUGGGCGGAGCUUCCCUGGAUUGGCAGGCACCAGGGGGCCGGUCAUGCUUCUCGGUCUCGGUUCAGCCCCGUAGGAGCGGAAGGGAGGGCAGAGCCUUCCCUGGACGUCCUCUGAGUGUCUUUCCUGAUCUUUAUGGUCCACCCUUUGUCUCCUUCCCCGGGGCUGCCCCUCCCCUUAGGGAGCCUCCAGAGGUCCCUGUGUGGGUUCCGGACCCGCUCCGGUCCCUUCCCGUCCCAGCAGAGCCGGGCAAAGAUGGAGAGAGGAGGCUUGGAAUGAGAGAGACUAAUGCAAAGCUCAGGGAAGAGUCACAACAGCCAAGAUUCAUGAACGAUUAUCACUGUGAUUUCAAUCUGAGAGAAAUCUGUGUGUCUAAUUUCAAGAUUGAGAAAACACAAAAGGUUCACAGUGAAUUUGAUAAUGGAAAGAAUAUCAGGCGAUAUUCCAUCUUAAUUCAGCGUAAGAAAAUGAUCUCCAGCAAUGACACGUCUCAGGAUAGUAAGUAUAGGGAAUGCUUUACUGAACAAGUGGAAUUUGUUGAGUCUCAUGAGAAGCCUCCUGUAUUACAAACCUAUCAAUGUAAUAACUGUGAAAUGACUUUCAAUUUAAAAUCAGAACUAAUUACACAUCAGAAAAGUCAUGCUGGAGAAAUGCUUUAUACACAUAAUGCAGUUGAGGAGGCCUUCAGUCAUAAUUCAGAGCUCACUGACCACCAUAAAAUUCAAAAUGGAAAGAAACAUUAUGAAUAUAAUAACUAUGGUAAAGCCUUUAAGAAACAAUUAUCACUUAUACACCAUCAAAAAUUUCAUACUAGCACAAAGCUGCAUAAAUGUAUGCAAUGUGGGCAAGCCUUCAGGAGACAGUCAUCCCUUAUUUCCCAUCAGAAAAUUCAUACUAGAGAGACAUCUUAUGAUUAUCAUAAAUGCAUUAACACUUUCAGUGAAAAGUCAUCCCUUAUUGUAUGUGAAAGAAGCCUUACUGGAGAGAAACCUUAUGAAUGUGAACAAUGUGGAAAGACUUUCACACAGGGCUCCCACCUUGAUAUUCAUAAGAGAAUCCACACUGGAGAGAAACCUUAUGAAUGUAAUCAAUGUGGAAAGACUUUCAGAUUCAACUCCAAACUCACUCAACAUCAGAGAAUGCACACUGGAGAGAAACCUUAUGAGUGUAAUCAAUGUGGAAAGAGUUUCAAACAAAAGUACAGUCUUACUGCACAUCAAGGAAUCCACACUGGAGAAAAACCCUAUCAAUGUCACCAAUGUGGAAAAACUUUCAGAUGCAGUUCUAGUCUUGCUCAACAUCAAAGAAUCCACAGUGGAGAAAAACCUCAUGAAUGUAAUCAGUGUGGAAAGGCUUUCACAAACACAUCCCAUCUUGCUGUACAUCAGAGAAUCCACACUGGAGAGAAACCUUAUAAAUGUAAACAAUGUGGGAAGACUUUCACACAGAGCUCCCACCUUGAUAUUCAUACAAGAAUCCACUCUGGAGGGAAACCUUAUGAAUGUAAUCAAUGUGGAAAGACUUUCACCAACACAUCCAAUCUUGCUGUACAUCAGCGAAUCCACACUGGAGAAAAACCUUAUAAAUGUAAUCAGUGUGGAAAGGCUUUCACUCAGGGUGGCUAUCUUACUGAACAUCAGAGAAUCCACACUGGAGAAAAACCUUAUGAAUGUAAUCAGUGUGGAAAGACUUUCAGAUGCAAUUCUGGUCUUGCUAACCAUCAGAGAAUCCACACUGGAGCGAAACCUUAUGAAUGUAAUCAAUGUGGAAAGAGUUUCACACAUAAUUUCCAUCUUGCUUCACAUCAAAGAGUCCACACUGGAGAGAAACCUUAUGAAUGUAAUCAAUGUGGAAAGGCUUUCACAAAUACAUCCAAUCUUCAUAAACAUCAGAGAAUCCACACUGGAGAGAAACCUUAUGACUGUAAACAGUGUGGAAAGACUUUCAGAUGCAGAUCAAGUCUUGCUCAACAUCAGAGAAUCCACACUGGAGAGAAACCUUAUGAAUGUAUUCACUGUGGAAAGGCUUUCACAAAUACAUCCAAUCUUCAUAAACAUCAAAGAAUCCACACUGGAGAGAAAUCUUAAAAUGUAAUCAGUGUGGAAAAGCUUUCAGACAGCGCUCCAGUCUUUCUGAAUAUCAGAGAACAUACACUGGAGGGAAAAAACAAACUUAUAAAUGUAAUCAAUGUGAAAAGACUUUCAGAUGCAGAUCCAGUCUUGUUCCACAUCAGAGAAUCCACACUGGAGAGAGAUCCUAUGAAUGUGAUAACUGUUAAAAAACUUAGGGACUGCUCAUCUUUUGUAUAUCAGACAAUACACACCAGAGAGAAACCUUAUGAAUGUAAUCAGUGUUGUAAAAUCUUGAGGAAGCAGUCAUCACUUUAUUUUCCUUUAGGGAAUUAAUACCAGGUAGAAAUCUUAUCACAGUAAAGUGUGAGGGAAAGCAUUCAAAUCUAAUUUAGAGCUUAUUAGUCAUUAUGAGGACAAGAUGAAUAUGGACUCAAUGUGGGAAGUCCUUCCAUCAGAGAUCAUCUCUUACAUGACAUCAGAGGAUCCAUAGUGGAGAGAGAGCUUAGAAAUGUGCUCCUUGGGAACAUGCCUUUUGUUUGAAGUGAGAGGUACCUAGACAUCAGAACAGUGUGACAAGGAAAUCACUUUAAAAGACUGAUAUAUAUUAAUUUAAGGUCGCCAAGGAAUUCAGCUAUGUAAUUCCUAAAUGAAAACUCAAGUCAGCCAUCAGCCUUUUAUAGAGUUUAAUUACAAACAGGAGGAAGAAAGGAAUUAGAGAGAGAGAGAGAGAGAGAGAGAGAGAGAGAGAGAGAGAGAGAGAGAGAGAGAGAGAAGGGGAGAGAAGGGAAUAGGGCUUAAAUACCCCCUCUGUUUAGGCUGGGCCAAAAGGCCCAAGCCCUUAGAUAGCUGGGGCAAAGAAAGGAGAUCAGUCCCUAUUACUCACGUGACCAAAAUGGAGAAACAGUCUCCGGGGCCUCCACCUCCAGCUUCCUUCAGAGCAAGCUUCUCGGAGCACCUCUCCAACCACUCAGAGCCAAAACUCUCCAACCAACCACCCCAGUCCUCAGACCCCUCUAUCUUUAAGGAAACCAUCCAAGUUCCCUCCCCUCAGUUCUCACAUCUACCAAUCACUGUCCAUCAUUUUCCCUGUGCCAGUGGUGGCUCUAGCUUAACCCAGGACUGCCCAGAGGUCUGUGGCUUUGCACAUGUAUGUUGAAGGUCAUAUUCUCAAAUAAUUAAAUCUUGAUCUUUUGCUACAGCCCUUCCUAAAUCCUGUUACCCUGAGUAGGGUAGAGAUUGGAAUAAUUAAAUUUUGAUCUAUGCUGCAGCCCUUCCUAAAUCCUGUUAGGACUGAGUAGGGUGGAGAUUGCAAUUUCCAAGACCUGGUUCUGUCAUUCCAAGUAUCUCCAUUGUAUCAAUUCUAAAAUCAAUCAUGACUCAAAGAAAUUCCUGUUCUAUGCUUAAGCAUAGGUCAAAGCCCUUUCCAUUGUUCAGCAAAAGGUUUCUGUCCUAAAGUAAUCUUAAGAAGGGAGGGGGAGGAACCUCUCUUGUCAAUGGGGUUCACAUUCCAAUAGACUAUUAGUAAGAAAUUUUCCAAGUAUGAAAUUUCCCAAUGGUGAAAUUUCCAACAUUUAUAAGUCUAAGAAAUUUUAAGGUUUACAACAGUUACACUGUACAGAAGGCUUAAUAAAACCAUGAUUGUAGGAAAGCCUUGACAUAGAUUUAUUCUUGACUGUAAAUUGGAGAAGUUAGGGAUCUAAUUACCAAGUAAAGUCUUCUUCCAUCAGUACAGACUUAAUUAUAAAACCUAAAUUUCAUAUCUUGCACAAAGUCCUAUAAAAAUAAUGAAUUUUCUUCUGAAAUGCUAUUGUUUCUCACUACUCCUCAGUAACAUUCCAUAGCAUUCUUAUACUAUAACUUCAGCAGUCAUUCCACAAUUGAUUAAUAUACUUCCUUGUUUCUUAUUGUUUGAUGAAGCAAAAAAAUUCUAAUAUAAAUAUUUUGGUUAAUGUUAGGCAUUAUUUCUUUAGGCUAGUAGGUAUCACAGUGGAUAGUGUUGCUACUAGAGUCAGAAGACUUGAAUUCACAUUUAAGCUCUGACACUAGCUGUGUGAACCUGGGCAAGACAUUUCAUAUAUUACUGCUUCUCUUUUCCCUAUCUGUAGAAUGUGUAUACUAAGAACACCUACCUAUUAGGGUUAAUGUAAGGAUCAAAUGAGAUAUUCUCUGUAAAGUGCUUCACAAACAUUAAAUCACUUGAGGUAAAUGCUCACUAUUAUUACUUGGUCAUCGGUCUCAUAGCAGAGGCAGGAGUUUAAAGUUUUGGACAAUUUAGUCAUUUCUUAUCAUUGAAAUGGAUAUUCAAAACAGUGUUGAGGCAGGCAGCAUGUAUUAGGUCACUGAUUUUAGAGUCAGGAAGAGUUGGGUUCAUUCAAAUCCUGCCUCAAAUGCUCUCUGCUUAUGUAACUGGAUAAAGAAUAGCUUUUCUGUGCCUCGGUAUUCCUCUUCAAAUUGAGAUGGUUUGCUCUCCUUGAGUACAAACAGCCUCAAAAAGAAAUGCAAAAUGGACACACGAUCAGCAAAGCUUCUUGGAAGAGCUCUAGAAAGAGAUUUUAAAAAUCAAAUAAGAAUGGCAGAGGAAAAGUUGGGAAAAGCAAUUCAAGAGAAUUAUGGCAGGAGAAUAAAAAGCUUAGUAGAAGGCAUGCAAAAGAUGAAAAAAUUCCUUAAAAAUCAUAAUUGACUAGAUGGUAAAAUUGGCACAAAACUUCAUUAAAAAAUAACUCCUUCAAAAUUAGAAUUGAUCAAGUGGAAGCUAAUAAAUUUGUAAAGCAUCAAGAAACAAUAAGACAAAGUCAAAAAGGAAAAAAAAUAGGAACCUUCUUAUAGGCACGAUAGCUGAAAUCUUAAGGAAUCAGAACAUGUUAAAUGCUUUAGAAUCUUCUGUGGGAAGACGGUACAGGUAUCUGCUAAGACCUUUGUGAUCUUUAGGUUAGUGAGGCGUCUACUUGGAGGGCAUGGCUAUGUGUAUUGUGUUGAGAUGAUCCCAAAAGAAGACUGGAAUAGUGGGAAAGAUGGAUGUGCUAGGAAAGGGGAGACAGGAAAGGAAAAUGGGGGAAAUUACCUCAUUUUAAAGAGGUGUGCAAGGAAAUGGUUUUCCAAUGGAGGGAAUAUUUUGGUAAGAAGUGUAUACUUUAUGUGUAUAUGGAGGGGAGUGUGUGCAUAUGAGUAUGUACAGAAAUGAGAGAAGAAGGAGAGGAGGGGCCUUAAAAAGGGGUGGCAUUAAGAGUGUAGAUCCAGGGAGGUUAAUGUUAAUAAUCAGAAGCAAAAUAGAUUUCUGUGGAGGAAGAAUAGAAGAGAAUAAGCAGAGAGGAAAUGCCCUGUUAGCAGUUAUAAUUGUGAAUGUAAUGAAAUCACCUAGAAAAUGUAAGAGAAUAGCAGGACAGAUUAGAGAACAAAAUCCAGCAGUUUGCUGUUCAAGCAUGAAGACGCUCAUCAAGUUAAAGCAGGGGGCCGGAGCAGGAUCUAAUUCGCACCAGUUACAGUUAAAAUGACGAUCAUCAUCAAGUGAUCUCAGACAAAGCAACAUCAGAUAUAGCCCCAAGAGGGAGAUAAUCAGAGAAAGUACAUUUUGCUAACGGCUACCAUUGACAAUGAAUUAAUAAUAUCUGUACCAAACACAGAUGCACCAAAGAGCAGAGUGUCCAGAUUCCUAAAAGAAAAGUUAAAUGAGUUACAGGAGGAAAGAGGCAGGAAGACCAUACUAGUGAGGUCCUCCUUUUAGUCCUCUCUAACCCGGAGAAACCUGGUCUAAAACAAAUGAGAAACAAUUCAGGAAAUGAAUAGAGUUUUAGAGAAGUUAGAUAUGAUAGACUGCUGAAGAAGUUUGAAUGGGAAUAGAGUGGAGUAUUCCUAUUUCUCAGUUGUACAUGAAACCUUCACAUCAACUGACCAGGUAUUAGGGCUUAAAAAUCUCAUGACAAAUGAAAACAAGUAAAACUAGAAAAGGCACCUUUUAUUUUUAUCACAAUGCAAUAAAAAAUUCCAUUUACUAAAGGGCUUUGGAAGCAUGAAUUAAAAAUUAAUUGGAGGGAAGCUAGGUAGCACAGUAGAUAGACACUCGGUGUGGAGUUGGGAGGACCUGGGUUCAAAUCUGACCUCAGAUACUUUCUGAGUGUGUAACACUGGGCAAGUCACUUAUCCCCAAUUGUACACUCACUCUUCUGACUUAAAACUGCUACUAAGACAGAAGAUAAGGGUUUAAAAAAUUAACUGGAAACUAAAUUAUCCUAAAAACGUGUUGAUCAAGGAAUAAAUCAUAGAAACAAUAGUGAAAGAUGACAACAAGAAGAAAACAUCAAAAUUUGUCGGAUAUGGUCAAAGCAGUACUUGGGUGAAAUUGUUUAUCUCAGCAUGCUUACAUCAAUAAAAAAGAGAGAAACUGAUCAGUGAAUUGAGUGUGCAUACAACUACAGAAAACCCUAUAAAAACAACAAAUUUCAAAUCUCCAAUUAAACACCAAAUUAAAAAUCCUUAACAUCAAAGGAGAGAUCAACAAAUUUGAAAGUAAAAAGGCAUUGUGCUAAUAAAUAAAACAAAGUGCAUAUUAUUGACAAAUUUGACUUUAAAAGGAAAACCAAAUUACUCACAUCCAAAAUGAACAAGGUAUAGGUGCCAGCAGUGAAGAUGAAAUUAAAGCAUUAAUAAGAACCUGUCUUGCUAAACUAUCUGCCAGUUUACCUCACAGUCUAAAUUUGAUGAAUAUUUGUAAAAAAAAUCCUUUGCCCAGAGUAAUAGAAAAGGAAAUAAAGUAUUUAAGUAAUUCUACCUUAGGGAAGAUAAUUCUAAUUAAGACAUAGGUAAGAAGUCUAAAAGAAAACUCCUAGUGCCAGAUGGAUUUAUAAGCAAUGGCUAUCAACUAUUUAAAAAACAAAUCCAUCUAUUUGAAGAAAUCAGUAAAGAAGGAGCCCCAUCAAAUUCCUUCUAUGCCACGAUUAUGGUUUUGAUAAAUUCAAGAAAACUAUAGACCAACUUUCCUAGUUAAUAUUAAUGCAAAAACUUUUAAAUAAAACACUAGCAAAGAGAUUCCAACCAUAAAUGGAAAAGAUCAUGCAGUGUGACCAGACUGGAUUUUUCUCAGGAAUGCCAGGCUCAUUCAAUAUUAGGAAAACGAUCACUGGUCCUAUCAAUAAUAAAACAACAAAAAUCAAUGAUGCAGAAAAACUUCCCAGCAACCCAGUGAAAUCAUGAUUACACUAAUAAAUGCAGAAAAAGGUUUUGAGCAAAUAGCACUUAUUCCUAUUAAAAAUCAUGUAAAAGAGAAUAGCUGAAGAUUUUCUUAAAGUGAGAAGUAGAAUAUGUCUCCCACCAACAUGAAGUAUUACCUGUAACAGCCAUAAGCUAGAAGCUUCCCUGUAACACUAAGGGUGACACAAGGAAGGCCAGCAUCGCCAUUAGCCUGGAAUCUCAUACUGGAAACGCUAGAUGUGCCAAUGAAACAAAAGAAAUGGAAGGCGCAGGCCUGGGCAAUGAGGACAGCAAAGGAGGGCUUUGGGCAGGUGCCAGGAUGGCGAACUUGUGGAACUCUGUAGACACAACUAAGACACCAGCUCCAAAGACAACGUUAACAAAGCAGCAGGCUGUAAGGAAGCAGCUUCAGUCAGCUGGUAUUCGUUGCUUCAUGCCUCUUUCUGUUCCCUAAAUGUCGCCCCAUUUGAUGGUUGGCAUUUUAGUGAUAAGGUAGAAGUCAUAAUCCCAGGGAUUGACUGACUAACUGUGAGUGACAAUAAAUAAUGCACAACCAGA